AUGGAGUGGGGUUUUUUGGAGGAAAUGUUGUUGGCCCUGAACUUUCAUGUUAAAUUCAUUAAACUCAUAAUGAAAUGUGUAACCACACCUAGGUUCUCCUUGCUCUUUAACGGCUCUUUCCAUGGAUUCUUUGAACCCAAAAGGGGGCUUAGGCAAGGGGAUCCAAUGUCCCCUCUAUUAUUUGUCUUGGGAAUGGCGUAUUUAAGCAGGAUUAUGCAAAAAGUGGGAGGAAAAAAGGAAUUUGGCUAUCAUGACAGGUGUAGAAACAUUAAACUAAAUCAUCUCAGUUUUGCAGAUGAUGUUCUAAUGUUCUGCAAUAGCAAUUUUAAAAGUAUAUAUCUCAUGUUGCAAGGACUGAAGACCUUCUCACUUACUUCAGGGCUAUUCCCAAACAUUCAUAAAACUGUUGUGUAUUGUUGUGGUAUGCAGGAAGAAGAAAUUCACAGGGUGCUAAAUAUGUUUGGGUUCAGUAGACGAAAUGUACCUUUCAGAUACCUUGGGGUACCCAUACGUGCCAAGAGAAUCUCAGCAGAAGAAUGUAAUGACUUAGUGCAGAAAAUGAUAGUAAAGAUCAAAGUAUGGAGUUCCAGGAAUAUUUCUUUUGCGGGUAGAGCGAUUCUCAUCUAUCAUAUGUUGCUCACAAUUCACACAUAUUGGUGUCAACUUCUCAUUCUUCCUAAAAGAAUCAUUGCUGAACUUGAAAAAAUUUGCAGGAAUUUUCUAUGGAACCAAGGAGUGGCGGAUAGAGCUGGCAAUGUAGCUUGUGAUUCUUUAUGCAAGUCCAAAUUAGUUGGUGGACUAGGCUUCAAAAACACACCCAUAUGGAAUGAAGCAGCCCUUAUCAAGCAUGUAUGGUCAAUUGCUACAAAAAAAAAAGACAAUCUAUCGAUUAAAUGGGUACACAGUGUUUACAUCAAGCAAGGGGAUUGGUGGGAGUACAAAGCUCCCCCAACCAGCAGCUGGUAUUGGAAAAAGAUUGUACAAGCAAGGGAUAGAGUGAAAAGCAUCAUGAGCCUAACCAACUUCACAGCUGAGAAAUAUUCAAUUUCAGGUGGAUACAAAUUGCUGCAACCGGUUUCAGAGACGAAGAAGUGGAGUAAACUAGUGUGGUGCAGAACAAAUGUUCCUAAACACAGCUUUAUUCUGUGGUUAGCAUUCCAGGACAGAUUAAAAACCAAAGAAAGUUUGUACAGGCACAAUAUUAUUGAUAAUGCAGCUUGUCUACUCUGUUUGCAAGCUGAUGAAACAGUCAAACAUCUGUUCUUUUCGUGUUCUUUGUCACAGGAUCUACUAGAUCACGUGAAGGCAUGGCUCUGCUGGAACAUCAAUGCAACAACUCUGGUGGAAAUAUCAAAGAAAAUCGAGAAAGGGAGACACUCAAAAACCAUAAAACAGGUGCUUUGUUCAGCAGUAGCAGCGUUGGUAUAUACUCUAUGGAUUACUCGAAAUGAAAGAUUGUGGAAUGGAAAUCAGCAAACGAUCUCUAAUCUGAUGCAACAGAUCAAAUUAAUGGUAAAGAAUAGAGUGUGUAGAGUUUGUCCAAAAAAAGCUACAGCAAAAGAUAAACGUUGGAUAGAAAAUUGUAAAAAGAAGUGGAAGAUGCACGCCAACCGAAGUUGGAUGAAGGCGCACCGCGCUCGCGAGUUUCGAAGUGGCGUUGACGAGUUUGUUGCGGUAGCAACAAACCACGUGAACGCUGACGGAUUAGCUCGAUGCCCAUGCAUGCGGUCGGGAUCCAACCUUCGUACAACCCCUGGUAUUUCCACGGGGAGACUUUCUCUCAGCCACUUGAUUGAACUUCCCGAAAAUGACGAAGAGGAAAUGGCAGAUGUGUUGGCCGGACAUGUUAAGAGGGGACCUGGGUUUGACGAAUCUGCUAACACUACUGAUUCUUUCAAUGAACCCCCUAUCAACGACAACAACAAGUUUGAUGACUUGUUUAAGGAGAUGGAGGCUGAGUUAUAUCCAAAGGGUUGCAAAAGUCGGCCCGAAUGCCUUUGGUAA